GUUAGGAGGCCCAUGGUACAGGCGUGAAUCCCAACAUUUGCAUGGAAAUUGAAGUGACUUACCUCAAAUGCAGUUGCGAGAUUAAAUCCAGAGAAGUUCAGAUGAGCACAGAUCACACAUUCCGGCACAAUGGUAACGGGAAUCAUUUUACUCGAGUAUUUGUACAACCGGCAAAAAGUUCAGACGUCACUUUACCGCUACCACUACCACACCACACGUCCACCACCACCACACUCCGCACCGCACUCCCCCUCUCUUGAACUCGAAUCGCUUACAGCUGAUCAGCUGAUUGGCGAACACAGUACACUACAAUUUUUUUAAAGAUGUUUGCGUGUGUAGUUAAGCUUGUUUGCUGUUUCAAUGUUUCCCUUAGAUGUAUUUCGGAAAUCGGAGCACUUGAUCUUUUUUUGUUGCUGUUUCGGCAGUGGUUGGCACCUUCGGUGUUCAUAUGUUUGGCUCAAACUAUAGGUAACGAGGUUAUAAAGGACCAUGAUGACAUUAUUAGAACUUAGAAAUUGCAAUCUUGGUGUGUCUGUCUGGUCCCGUGAUCGGCUCGGCUUGGUACCUCACAAUUGCUCCAGCUACAUAGCGGUAAGCAUCGUUAUGUUGUUUCAUGUAGAGCCUGAUUCUGUGAAAUUGUAUGUUGUAUGGCCAAUCUGAACCACCAGUCAAGCACAAUAAUUUAUAGUUUUUGUUAUCCCUUCAGGAAUGGCCUCCACAAAUCUUUGGUUGUGUGGUUGUUUUGUGGAAACCCCAGUCAAAUUUACCUUCAGGGAUGUUCCCCUGACAUUUCAGCGCAAGACUGGAGGUGACAUUUUUUGGUUUCGGAGAACUGCAACAGGUCCUCUUGAAGUUGCUGUUGUGCUGGGAGUUGGCGUUACCAAACAUGAAGCAAAAGUUAAGGCUAAUAACUACUUCAGGAGAAUUGGCAGAAUUCAUGGUUUUGAAGACUCGUUACCAGUUCUAGAGUUUGAAUGCACACAAGAAACUCAAUUUUCUGAAGAUUUGUAACUUGGCUUUUAUUGGCUUUUAUUGACUUUUAUGUAUCUAAAUGUAAAUCUCGAAGUAUCUAUUUAGUUAGUUAGCAUGACGCGUCCCAAUUGAAGUGAUAUGACCUUUCAAAAAAGUAAGCUAACUGAUGUUUUGUAUUUCAUUGUUGAAUCUGUUCAUGAACAUUGUCAAGAGAAUUUUAAUGCUCGAUUUGAAUGUGAAUAUAUCUUUCCUAUGUUUUUAAUUGUAUGC